UGUCUCUUUUUUUUUUUCGAAUUUCCCGUUUGAAGGAUAAUCUUGAAAAAAUCUUCUAGUCACUCUCUCUAUCACACUCUGGUUAUGGUUUCCAAGUUCUGCAAAGAUGGCCGGAGCUACUAUUGCUACUUCCAUCGCCGCUUUACCGUUGAAAAUCAUCGCCGGAGCUGACGACUUUGGAGCGAGCCUCAAGGACGCGAUGGUAUCUCACCUCCGUUCUCUCGGCAUAGACGUGGAGGAUACCGGCGUUUCUUCGUACUACUCCGCCGGAUCUGAAGUCGGUCGCCGCGUAUCCGCUUCAUCGUCCUCCGGAGUUCGCGGUUUGGUCUGCUGCGGCACCGGCGUCGGAGUCGCGAUGUUCGCCAACAAGUUCCCGGGAGUUUAUGCCGCCACGUGUCUCUCUGUCGAAGACGCCGUGAACGCUCGAUCGAUCAGCAAUUGCAACGUCCUCGCACUCUCCGGCAUUAAAACAUCGCCGGAAACCGCCGUGGAAAUCUUCGACGCUUGGAUCAAAACACCGUUCAAAUCCCCGUGUCCUGCAUCAGGAUCCGAGCCGUGGAGCUCAGAGAUCUCUUCUUUCCUCGACAAUUCUCUCUCCGAGAUGGCUCACAUCGGAAAACCAACCGUCGGUGACUCAACAAUCAAAAAGGUCUAUGAAACAACCGCGUCUUGCGCGAUUUGUUGCUUGGCCAAGAACAGAGAGUUCACUCCAGUGGACAUCAUGCCUGGAGGCUCGAUGAAGAUCGUGAGGGAGACGCCUACGUCGGCGAUUGUAAGGUUCAAAGCGGGGAGUGUAGAACCAGCGCAUCACCACACAUUCGGCCAUGACCUUGUAGUCAUCAAGGGGAAGAAGACUGUGUGGAAUCUAACCAAGAAGGAGAGAGCUGAUCUCGUUGACGGCGAUUACUUAUUCACUCCGGCAGGUGAUGUUCACCGAGUCAAGUAUCAUGAAGACACCGAAUUCUUCAUCACUUGGGAUGGCCAUUGGGACAUUUCCCUUGACGAAGACCUCGAAACUGCAUAGAAAGCCAUCGAAGAAGAACCUUAAAAGGUGAAUCUUUGUCUCUGUUGUUGUGUUCUUCAAUGUGUAACCUUUGUGUUCUCUCUUGUUUCGAAUGUUGUAACUUUGUAAGAAUGUUUGAUUUCAAAAGAUUUGAGUCAUAAUACAAAUGCUUCUCUUAUGAACA